CGACUCUACUCGUCGAAUGCAGAUUCGCAAGACUUCGAAGCAUUUUUGGCCAAGCCGACCUGGUCUACGCGUUCUCUGCUCCCCGAUAAAACCAGCCAAACAACCUCGCCGUCAGUCACCCCGGAACAACUCCGUCACCUAUUGCGUCUAUCAGCCUUGCCGCAGCCCUCCAGUAAAGAACAGGAAAAUAAGAUGCUGGAAGAUCUCGAAGACCAGAUCCAUUUUGUGAAGGAGAUCCAGCGCGUGGACGCGUCGAACGUAGAACCUUUGCAAAGUAUUCUGGAUGAAAGCCCCGAGGCCGUCAAGGAGAAGACCAUUGGACUGCAGCAGCUCAAGACGGCCAUGUCCAAGGAGCGAGUAGUUGGACGUCACAAGCGUAUCCAGCGCAUUGAGGGCGAACGCAAUGAACGACCUGACGGGGAUGCGUGGGACGGCAAUGCGCUCGGAUAUGCCUCACGGACGAAGGGCAAAUUCUUCGUCUUCGGGGCGGGCUCCGAGGGGUCUGCUCCGAAGAGGGACGAACAAGACCAGGACCUCACCACCAUCCUGGACCGUUCCCAAAGGGCCGAACUCACGAUUCUAGUGGCACAGAUUACCGCCAAUAUGCGACACGCAAUUGAACGGAAUUUCCAUCCGUCCAAGCCGGCAACACACGAUUCCGCUGGCCAACCCGCCGAUAAUCAGGACCAGAAAGAAAGCCACUUGCAGUCGUCUUCAUCAACCCUGGAGAAAGAAUGGCACGACAGCCGGCCAUCUUCUCAGGACCGCAAGUCUGAAUCUAGCGCGCUGUCCGGCUUCGAUGCCUGGAGAGACUCCGUUCUCCUUCGGAUUGGUCAGGUUGUCAACAAACACGACGAGGAUGAAACGAAAGCUGAGGAUCCGAUCGGGAACGAGGAGGACGAGCAGCCGUUGAAGGGGGCCGCCGAAGAUGAGCGCUCCUUAAGUCGAUUACGCAGUGUAUACCCUCCGGUCGACACCCCGCUCUCCCAUCUCCCGGAAGCCAAAAGGCUUCUGAUCCUUCACGCACUGCUUCUGCUCCUGCUCAGUUUGGAACACUACGAUGCCAGAUCGCGUGUUUUGAUGCUCAACGUCUCGUCAAGUUUGGGACUUUGCAUUCGAAUCUUGAACGGCGACGAAGUCAAGGUUGCCCGGGGCUUACUGGACAACGCGCUCGCGCUCUCAGGAAACCCCGAGGCGGCGGAAGCUAGCAAAAAAGGCGACUCGUCCCGAAAAUGGAAGGUUGGCAUUGCGUCUGUCACAGGAGCCGUCUUGAUCGGGGUUACGGGUGGUCUUGCUGCACCCCUGGUGGCGGCUGGCUUGGGAACGGUGAUGGGAGGGUUAGGUUUAGGCGCGACGGCCGCCGCCGGAUAUCUCGGCGCUCUGGCGGGCAGCGGGGUGAUUGUGGGAGGCCUCUUCGGGGCGUAUGGGGGCCGCAUGACGGGAAAGAUGAUCGACCAGUACGCGCGUGAAGUUAACGAUUUUGCGUUUAUCCCUAUCCGGGGAUCGUCCGCGCGGCCAAAAGACGACAAGGAAGCGGCGCAAGAGGAUCAUCGUCUGCGGGUGACAAUCGGCAUCACGGGCUGGGUGACUGGCCAAGACGAUUUUGUCGUUCCGUGGCGCGUUGUGGGCUCGGACUCGGAGAUGUUCGCGCUGCGCUGGGAAAUGGAACCCUUGAUGAGACUAGGCAACGCCAUGGACCUGCUCGUCACCAGCGCGGCAUGGACAGCGGGAGAGCAAAUCGCCGCCAAAACCGUCUUCGCAGGUCUCCUGAGCGCCGUGGCCCUCCCGCUCACCCUUUUGAAGGUCACCAAAGUGGUCGACAACCCCUUCAGCGUCGCUAAGUCUCGUGCCGACAAGGCGGGCGAAGUCCUCGCCGACGCACUGAUUCACGAAGUGCAAGGCAAACGCUCCGUCAACUUGAUGGGAUAUUCCCUUGGAUCCCGCGUCAUCUACUCCUGCCUGCAAAGCCUCGCCCGGCGCGGCGCAUACGGCAUCGUGGAGACAGCCGUGCUGAUGGGGUCUCCCAUCCCGUCAGACACAGAAGACUGGCGUCGUCUGCGCGGGGUCGUCAACGGCCGACUGGUGAACGUGUACUCCGAAAAUGACAGCGUGCUGGCAUUGCUGUACCGGACCAGCAGUCUGCAGAUGGGCGUCGCCGGGCUCCAGCCGGUAGAAGACGUACCGGGCGUGGAGAAUUUCGACGUGAGCAAGAUGAUCAGCGGCCACCUGCGGUACCAGUUCCUGGUCGGACGUAUCCUCAACCAAGUCGGGCUGCAGAGCAUCGACGUGCAAGAAAUCCAGCAGCAGGAGGCCGCCCUGCGGGCCAAGUCCCGCCGCCAGGAAGCAGAGCGCAUCCAGAACGAGCGUCUGGCGGGUGUCGACCCCGACAAGCACCAGGUGGACGAGAGCGCGGCGGCCGACGAGGAGACUCGCCUCCAGAGACAGUUGGAGCGUCGCACGCAGGAACACCUGCCGGCCCGUCCACGGAGACGGUCUACGUCUAGUGAGGGUGAGCGGCCGGCUUUGCCUGAACGACCGGCUGUUCCUCGACGGCCGGUGCCUCAAUCGAGUUCU